AGGAACGCAGGAAGUAAUAAAUAAAGGUGAAUGCAUAACCAGGUUUCUAAUUCUCAUUUUCGAAUAUACUUAUCGGGAAAGGAUGACCGGUCGUACCGCCAACCCUAGUUAAUUCUGGGGCGCGGAGGGCAUCAUGGAGCCUGUUUCUGGAAUUUUCUUGUUUCCCUCUCUUCCCUCUCUUCCCUCUUCCUAGUUUGCUGCGGCGAAGGUUGCCAACUCUCUUUCUUCUUGACGAAAAUCCAUUCCUGAUUCAGUUCGCUGUUCACCCUUUCAGAAAUUGAUGCGCUGUAGGGCAAUUUGAUUGAUUGACAGGCUUUUGAGGUCCCUUAUACGUCACUGAUUCCGAAAGACCUGUCUUGAUUGCCGAGUAGAUCCAUCUUGCUGACAUCAAAGAAAUCCCCAAUUCACAGAGGAGAAUUUGAGAGCCUUGGUGUCGAAGUUUAUUUGAUCGAUUCUCUUGCCAUGGCCGCAAAGAUUCUGGCAAACCUGAUUGUGAUGGGUGGUGGUAUUUUGGCUAGAGCGUUUGUUCAAGCUUAUCGUCAAGCUCUUGCUAAUGCCUCGAAAAAUGGUGUUGCACAAGAGACAAUACAGAAUACCAUUCGCAGAGCUAACAAGGUGAUGACACAGCAGGAAGCUCGGCAGAUUCUUGGCGUGACAGAGGAAACCCCUUGGGAAGAGAUUGUGAAGAAAUAUGACAAUUUGUUCGAAAGCAAUGCCAAGAGUGGAAGUUUCUACCUUCAGUCAAAAGUUCAUCGGGCCAAGGAACAUCUAGAGGCUGUCCACCAGCAAAAGGGCCAGGACACAGCUACUUGAGGACUCCCAUUUUUCCCACUUGGCAACCUCAUGUAUAGUUAUUUUGGGCUCGAGUUAACAACCUAUGUUGUUUGCGAUUUUUUGCAGUGAGUUUCACAAAACCGAAAUUAUCUUGAAACGAUUGUAAAUAAGUUACUCGUUAUCUCGCUGCGAAUAAGGGCAUUCAAAAGCACUAAAUGAUAUGCUAUUUUUCUUUUUCUGGUAACGAGAAUGAGGGAAUACGAACACUUUUGAUAGA